AUGACUUUGUCGCUGGCUGAGAUCAGGCUCCCCUCGCCGCCGCUCCUCAGCGGCCUGCUGAUCGCCGGCUUCCUCCUCUUGUUGGCCAGGGCGUACCACGGGUGGCGACGCCUCUCUCACAUACCGGGUCCGUUCCUGUGGUCGCUCUCACCGUUCCCGCUGCUCAGGGCCAACCUCAUCGGCCAAUCCCACCAGAUCCUCAGUGAUUUGACCACCGAAUAUGGCCCGCUCGUCCGCAUCGGGCCCAAUGUCGUCCUGACGACUGACUAUCGGCACUGCCAAAAGAUGGAAGCCCACAAGUCCCCGUAUCGCAAGGGGCCCUGGUAUGGCACCUUUCGGUUUCAGAAGGGCGUCGACCACUCGUUCGCCAUGCUGGAUGAGGCCAGGCACACGGCCCUGCGGACCAAGGAACAAGCCAUCGACCGGCAGCUGGAGCGCUUCUUCCGCAUCAUCGACGAGCAGUACAUCACGACGCCGUGUGACCACAAGCCCCUCGACCUGUCCGUCAUCACGCAGUUUCUGGCCCUCGACAUUGUCGGGGACAUGACGUUUGGCAAACCCUUUGGCUUCCUCGACAAGGGCGAAGACAUCUAUGACUGGAUCAAGUGGAACGAGGGCUUCUUCCCCAUCGCCUCCACCGCUGCCACCCUCCCGUUCCUCGCCAGCCUCGUCCAGAAGUGGCCCUUUUCCGAGGCGCUGCCCAAGCCCACCGACAAGGAAGGUCUUGGAUGUUUCAUCAAGGCGGCUCAGGACACGCUCGACGAGCGGUUCGAGCCAGGCGCGCAGCCGCGACACGACAUGAUCGCUCAGUUCCUCAAGCACGGCGCUACCAAAGCGGAAGCAACCAGCGAGGCCCUGGUCCAAGUCGUCGCCGGCACGGACUCCGUAGCCGUGGCCCUGCGCAUGGCUGUGCUCUACGUCCUCUCGACGCCGCGGGUCUACCACCGCCUGCUGUCCGAGAUUGAGGGCGCCGCCGCCAAAGGCGAGGUCAGCUUGCCGAUCAGGGAUGCCGAGGCUAAGAAGCUGCCGUACCUGCAGGCCGUGAUCCGUGAGGGCAUGCGCAUCUUUGCCUCGCAGACGCCCCUCCUCAACAAGACGGUUCCGCCUGGUGGGGACGUCGUUGCUGGUUUUGCGCUGCCGGCCGGCACGCAGGUGGGCAUGGACGGUUGGGGGAUCCUCCGGAGCAAGGAGCACUGGGGCCCCGACGCGGGCAUCUUCCGGCCCGAGAGAUGGCUCGAGGUCGGUGACGCCAGAAAGGCCGAGAUGGCCGCCACGCUGGAGGCUCUCUUUGGCUAUGGACGGUACAAGUGUCUUGGCCGGAACGUUGCUUUCAUGCAGAUGAGCAAGGCUCUACCAGAGCUCUUGCGACGAUACGACUUUACGAUCAAUGACCCGACCCUCCCGGUGAGGAAGCUUCACAGCGCUGCUUUCUGGAUGAUGGAAGGUUUCUGGGUCACUGUUGCGCAAAGGCAGACCCAGUGA